CCCGCGACGGGCUAGCUCGUCGGCUCCCGGGCUGACUCGGCUCGCUCGCCGCCGUGUAAUCCAGAAACGAGCUGAAAAAGGUGAACGGAUUUUGGUAGGAAACACGCGCAAUCCAGUCGCGGGUGACGUGCCGGAGGACGAGCGAGUCGGGGAAGCCCCGCCGUCGUCUGCGACCCCAUCCAUCCCUUCCUCCUCGUCGCCGUCUCGGUCUCGCCGAGAGAGUCGGAGAUAGCGCCAUCAGGGGGAGCGCAGAAGCUGCGGCGACCUCCCGUGCCGCGCUCCGCUCUCGAUGAAUAUACUCGACAGGAUACGCGGGGGCGGCAACAAGGCGGCCGGGACGGAGAGGCCCCCGCAGCCGGAGUGGGUGGAGAUUUCGGAGUCCGUCUCGCGGCUAUGCAGCUUCGACGCCGGUGGCGGUGGCAGCAUCUCUGUAAAAGUUAUACAGGAUGCCAGACCUAUACAUGACAAAGUUGUUGAUUCUUUCUUGAACAAAUUUUUUCCAUCAGGUUAUCCAUACAGUGUGAAUGAGGGUUACUUAACUUACACCAAAUUCCGAGCACUCCAGCAUUUUUCUAGUGCUAUGCUGCAUGUGUUGUCAACACAGUCUUUGUUGUUUGCUGCAGGUUUGCGACCUACCCCCGCGCAAGCAACUGCUGUAAGUUGGAUUCUGAAAGAUGGAAUGCAGCACGCAGGGAAGCUCAUUUGUAGCGGCAUGGGGGCAAGAAUGGAUUCAGAGCCAAAGAGCUGGAGGAUAUUUGCUGAUGUUCUCUAUGAUAUUGGCACUGCCUUGGAAGUUGUUUCACCAUUGUGCCCACAACUUUUCCUAGAAGUGGCAGGCUUGGGAAAUUUUGCUAAGGGAAUGGCUGUCGUUGCAGCCAGAGCGACAAGGCUUCCAAUUUAUUCUUCUUUUGCCAAAGAAGGUAACCUUAGUGACUUAUUUGCUAAAGGAGAAGCCAUCUCAACACUUUUCAAUGUCAUGGGGAUAGGAGCUGGAAUUGGAUUAGCAUCUACUGUAUGUUCAACAACUCAAGGGAAGUUAAUUGCAGGCCCGUUACUUUCUGCGGUGCAUAUAUAUGGAGUUGUACAAGAGAUGAGAGCAACGCCUGUAAACACGCUGAACCCACAAAGAACAGCUAUGAUUGUGGCUGAUUUUAUUAAGAGUGGAAAGGUCUCUAGCCCAGCUGAGCUAAGAUACAGAGAAGAUCUUCUAUUUCCUAACCGACUAAUAGAAGAAGCUGGAAGUGUGACGAUUGGGCAACCACUUUGCAGAGUUUUGAGCCCACGGCUUGUUGAACAGUUGAGGGCAACUUUUCCAAACGAGAAAUUUCUACUUAGCCAAAAAAGCAAUAAGACAUGCAUUGUUCUUGAGCAAAGCGCGAGUGGAGAGGAUGCACUGAGGGGGUGGUUGGUCGCUGCAUUUGCUUCGGAGUUGGAGAGAUCAGGCAUCGGUUUACGUGAUACAGUUCUAACUGAAGCCUAUGAGAAGAUGGAGAGGGUCUUCCCCACGUUUGUAUCAGAAGUUAGGAGUAGAGGCUGGUACACAGAUCAAUUUUUGGACGGAAACGGUAGUCGAAUAGCGUUUGCGAAAUUUCAGUAGCUGCUAAAGUUGAUGUUUCUGAAGGAAGAGGGCAAACCAAGAAGCGCCGUGUAGUCUAGCUCUUUAGAGUUACAUAGAUGAAGAGAUAAAUCUAUUGUAGCUUCACAGUUCACAUCGUUUUUCAGAACAUCUUUUUUGUAUCCAUUUUCUUGAAUCAUUGAGAUGACUGAAUGUUUUGCCUGGCAGCAAGAUCUG